CUGAGAUAAGCUUUUUUCUCCCCUGCUUUUCUUGGGACUUUUAUUUUUUUUCGCUCCUCCCUUUUGCGACCUUUGGUUCAGACCAAAUGAGAAGAGCUUGAAGAAGAAGAAAACCAGGAAGGAAAAAGGACUGAACCAUUUCUCGGCGCGCGCGAUAUUUAAGAAUGUAUCGGGUACGGGCAUGGCUGUUAUCGGUUUUGGGAAUACUAUCGGUAUUGAUGUGCGGGGGGGGAGGAAGGGGAGGAGGGUUGGUGAACGGCCAUUUCACUGUUAUCUAUCCGCAGCAAAGGGGAUAUUCCUAUAAUACGCAAUUUCACUUUCCAUGCAUCCCUCCAACAACAAACCGCUCCCAAUGGCCCACCAGCGGCGGCGCCCUCUCCCUCAUCCCCAUCCAUGCAUUCGCCUUAACCACGGUCAACAUCGCGCUCGGCUCCGACAUCGACGAAAAUAUACUCUCGAACCCAUACAACGUCUCCAUGGUCCCACUAUUCAAUCAGACGGGCGCCAAUAGCACUUUCUGCCUUCGAAAGAUCAAGAUCCCGAAGAAGAUCGUGGGUGAUGUGGCUGACGGCGUCAACGCUACCAUUCAGGUUAUACAGUUGACCGGGACGGGGGCCGCCUUGUAUUCUUGCAUCGACAUCACCUUCUCGGACAAAGAAGCGGACCGCUUCGGUGCUCAGGAGGUCUGGGACAAAUACUGCAUUAACGGGACAGGGAUGGGAGGGUAUAGACUCGGUGAUAAGGAUCCUUCCAGGCCAAAUGCCACCGUUGUCCUAAGCGCUGCUUCCUCCCCCGGGAGGUUCGCCGCUUCAUCAUCACCAUCCCUAGCGCUACCAUUCCUGGCUCUCGUGUGGUUCUACAUUCUUGGGUUUUCAAACAUAAUUUGAGGGAAACGUCCUUUGUUUGGGUCACGAGUUGUAUAUUUUAAUUUCACUCUAUCCUCUCUAAGAAUUAGUGGAUGCAAUCUCAAGCCUUU